AAUGAAGAUGGAUCAUAGCACUAAUAAUCUUACCUUAUCCGUGAACGAAUAAAACGAAGCAAUGGCCCUCCAUUGGUGAAGAACGAUUUCCAUAGCUCUCUCUCACUCACAUAUCCAAUGGCAGAGAGCAAGGACCUCCAAACCGCACUCAGAAGGCUCGCAUCUGUAACCAACCACCUCACCACUCCCACUCCUGCUUCCGCCGGCGAACUUUCCCUCCGCCGCACCUCCGCCCGCAGCGACACCUUCCACCGCGUCCACGGCGAUGUUCCCUCCCACGACGUGGUUUGGAGGAGCGCUUCCGACGAGUUCACCGACAUUGUGUACGAGAAAGCCCUCGGGGAAGGAAUAGCCAAGAUCAGCAUUAAUAGGCCUGAGAGAAGGAACGCGUUCCGACCGCACACCGUUAAGGAGCUUAUGCGUGCUUUCACUGACGCCAGGGAAGAUACUUCUAUUGGUGUCAUCAUUCUCACCGGAAAGGGAACCAAGGCAUUUUGUAGUGGUGGUGACCAGGCUUUGAGGACUGAAGAUGGCUAUUCUGAUCAUGGAAAUUUUAGUAACCUUAAUGUGUUAGACUUGCAGGUGCAGAUACGCCGUCUUCCUAAACCAGUGAUUGCAAUGGUAGCAGGUUAUGCUGUUGGAGGAGGGCAUGUAUUACAUAUGGUCUGUGAUCUAACUAUUGCAGCAGACAAUGCUAUCUUUGGCCAAACUGGUCCCAAGGUAGGAAGCUUUGAUGCUGGUUAUGGAAGUUCUAUCAUGUCCCGUUUGGUAGGUCCAAAAAAAGCACGUGAAAUGUGGUUUCUCACAAGGUUCUAUGAUGCUGUUGAAGCAGAGAAAAUGGGCCUUGUCAACACUGUUGUACCGCUUGAGAAUUUGGAGAAAGAAACGAUAAAAUGGUGUCGGGAGAUACUGAGGAACAGUCCAACUGCUAUUCGGGUGCUCAAGUCAGCUCUUAAUGCAGUAGAUGAUGGACAUUCUGGGCUUCAGGAAAUUGGUGGAAAUGCUACGCUAAUAUUCUACGGCACCGAGGAAGCUAAAGAGGGGAAGACUUCAUAUAUGCAACGUAGACGCCCUGAUUUUUCUAAGUUCAAUCGGCGACCUUAAAUUAAAUACUAGUCAAUUGUUACUAUCAAUUUGAGGCAUGGACCUCUAGUCUAUAGAGCAGAAAUGGCACCUGUUUACCCCUGUCCUUAAUUUAUUCAUUUUAAAUGUAUUCGAGGCUAAAUGUAAAAUAAACAGAUUUCUUAUAUUUAACUAGUUUGUGUUGAUUCUUAAAAACAUGGUCAACUUAAAUUAGACCACAGAAUAUAAAUUUCUACUUAUUUUCUCAGUUUUCA